AUGGCCAAACGGCCCGAGACGCUGCUCCACGAGGCCUGCUUCCUCUUUGUGGUUUCCAUGGCCCAGUUUCUUGCGCAGACAGGUCUCGCCAUCUCGGUCAUCCCCGCACACAUCAUCGGUCAAAGCUGGGAGAACGUUCAGGACGGGCAAUUGAGCUGGUUUGCGGCCGCUUAUUCUCUAACCAGCGGAACGUUUAUUCUCGUCGCCGGUCGGCUCGGCGACUUGUACGGACACCGGCGGCUUUUCGUCAUCGGCUUCUUCUGGUACGGGCUGUGGUCCCUUCUGGCCGGCUUUGGUGUCUACGGAUCAACACCGACCUUUUUCAUCGUUUGCCGCGCUUUUCAGGGCAUUGGGACCGGAUUGGUGCUACCGAAUGCGGUGGCUAUCUUGGGGAGGACUUAUCCGCCAGGACGACGGAAAGAAUUGGUCUUCAGCCUCUUUGGAGCAACUGCCCCGGCUGGGUUCAAUGUCGCAGGCGUGUUUAUCGCUCUGCUGGCAGAGAGGGUAUGGUGGCCUUGGUCUUACUGGAUCAUGGCAAUCUACUGCUGGAGCCUUUCCGUGGCAGGCUUUUUUGUGAUCCCACGAUCGCUGGAUCCCCCAGCGGGAUCAAGUAGUGCGUUGAAAACAGGCCGCAGGUUUGAUUUCAUUGACAAGAUUGACAUCCCCGGUGCUUUCUUUGGAAUCACUGGCCUUAUGUUCAUCAACUUCUCGUGGAACCAGGCGCCGAUUGUCGGAUGGUCGAAUCCAUACACCUAUAUCCUUCUCAUCAUUGGAUUCCUAUCGCUCGGUGUAUUUGCAUUUGUGGAGCGCAAGGCGAAAUUCCCUCUAUUGCCGACUUCCAUCUUUACGGGUGACCUUGGCUGGACUCUAAGCUGUAUAGUGGCAGGAUGGGCCAGCUUUGGCAUCGGACUUUACUACUAUUACCAGAUCAUGGAAAUCAUCAAAGGCGACUCACCACUCCUGGCAAUUGCCAAAUGGUCCCCAGCGCCAGUGAUGGGCGUUGUUGCAGGCCUCACGACGGCGUACUUGCUUAGCCGUGUAUCGCCGAGCGUAAUCAUGUUUAUGGCAAUGAGUGGGUUCCUUAUCGGCAGCACACUGAUCGCUACACUUCCAAUUCACCAGACAUACUGGGCGCAGACCUUUGUAAUGACGGUUAUCUACCCUUUUGGCAUGGACAUGUCGUUUCCCGCAGGAUGUAUCCUUUUGAGUAACUCGAUGCCUCCCGAGCACCAAGGCCUCGCGGCGUCUCUCAUUGCUACGACGAUCAACUAUUCCAUCUCCAUCAGUCUAGGUUUUGCAGGCACCAUUGAAACUCAUCUUAAUCGUAAAGGAAGUGAUUUGCUUAGAGGAUAUAGGGCGGCAUUGUACUUCGCCGUGAGUUUGGCAGGAUUUGGAAUGGUCUUGACGAUGCUGUUCAUGCUUGUCUCGUGGAAGCGAAGUCGUAAGCGGGCCAAAGCGAGCACUCCGCCGGCUGUAUAG